AUGAGAAGGCAUGUUAUCAUGUCACUCUUCUUAUUUCUAUUAGUAGUGGAUUCAAAGAUAUCUAGACGAUUCAAACGGCAAACCAUCCCAUCUCAACAUAUCAGGAUUCAUUCGAUUGACUCGAAGGUGAACAUGGACAGGUUUAUCAAUGUGGCAUCUAUGGAUUCAAGGAUACAACUUUUGGAGAAAAAUGUGAAUGGAACAUUCUGGAGUGCAAGUUCAAAAAUGCAGUUUGAUGCCUACGACUCAUUUGUCAAUGCCUCGUUCAACUCACAAUUUUUCCAUAUAGACAUCGCGCAGUGCGAACUUCUUUUUGGGAACUCUCUAGAGAGUUUGCUGUUUAUGACAACGAAUAGAACAUCCGAUGGUCAUAGUGAUCUGACAUUCUCUUUGUAUGACAAUGCGAACAUGACACUGACAGAAGAAGGGAUAGAAUUUCAGGGAAUAAAUGGACGAAGAAUUUACGUGAAAAGUGAAACAUGGGUAAAGCCGGUCGAGAAAACUAUCACUCUUCGACAAAGUGAGAAUGAGGCCACUGGAGAGACCGCAGUAGAGCUGACAAUUGUUGCCCCAGUCCACUUGACAUCUGUUCGUUAUGUGGGUGCUGAACUUCUUAUCAAGUAUGGGCCGAAUGUUGUUCAAAUAGAUCCGGAGUUUAAGAAAAUAUUAGUCUACAACGACCAAUAUAGUUAUUGUCUUGACACGAAGUCUCCGGGAACAUUGCAAGUAAACUUUGGAAAUGGAUUGAUAAACCUUAUCGGUGGCUCCAGUGACUUUCACGUGGCAAUCUCACCCGUCGAUGCCGUAGUGAACUCAAAAUAUUUCUCAAAAACCCAAGUCGACCGCGGUGACGGCCCAAUCUUCAUUAGUGGUGUUCCUAUAUAUGAAACUGGAAUCACCGUCAACUCUUUGCUAUUAACAUUGAAAUUGAAUAAUGAUGGAAUGCUGCAUGCAGACGCUACUGGUUCCGAGACACUAAUGAAGACAAACAUCCAAAAUGUUGGUUUGACAACUGAACAUCAGGAAAUUCGAAUAACUGGCGGGGUUCCUGGCUUGGUUAUUGAGUCAGGAGAUGUCCGCUUUGAAGUGACAAAACUGUCCAACCCAAUGGCUUUCACUUUUCUCCCCGGAUUUGCUCUGCCAGAAGAUCGAUUCGAAAACAUCGGGCCAUACUCAGGUACCAGAUCUCGAUACAUGCAUGCACCUCCACCACCUCCCCUUCUACCACCUCCACUUCUACCACCAGUGAUUAUUGCACCUGUUGUUAUCUCUGCACCAGGUUCAAAUAUACCUCCACCACCACCAAUGGUUUUGUUACCACCACCCAUACCAGCUCCAGCUCCUGGACCGCCUAAACUUCCAAUAUCUCUCCCACCUGAUCUUAUGAAAUUUGCUGCUGAUAUUGCACCACCGAAGAGUAAUAGUACUCCUACAACUACGACUAGUACCACUCCCACCACUACUACUGUCACUACCACCACUGCACCGAGCACCACUACUACUAUGACGACUCCUACAACAACCACUGUCACGACCACCGCUGCUCCAAUUACUACUACGACUAAACUUCCGAAAAAAGAAAAGGAAGAAGAGGAAGACUACGAAGAAGAAGAGGAAAAAGGGAUGAGCGAGAAAGAACGAGCCAAGGCGAAAAGAAGAAAGGAGAAAAUGUAUCGAGAGUGGGAAAGUGAGGAAAACAACGUCGACAACGACGGCGACACCAAAACGGAAACAUUCACUUAUCCAAACGGCACAACUGUGACAAGACUCAUUAACAUCCGACGAAAAGUCACGACGAAGAUUGUAUACAAGCAUCGGGUAGAGGAAGAUGAAGAUGGGAAGAAUAACUCUACCAUUGCCCCUCUGGUGUUCCCCGAUCCAGCACAUUUGAAUUAUACUAAAUUGGCAACCGAUUGCAAAGGGAACACAAUCGAUUUUAACAUCACUAACAUUCCGGAGACAUCCACUGGUUAUCAUCUAGUAACUUUUCCAACUGUUGGAAUCACAGCUCCACCAGCAGCCACCACCAAAAAUCUGCCGUCGACAGACAACGAUCUUAUUACGGAAACGACAUCUGUCCCCGUCUCACCAACAAUGGAAAUCUUAACAACAAUUCCUACUAAUCCCGUCACAGAUCUUCCGGUGACUAAUCUGGUCACGGAAUCAUCUACAGUAGUCCCUGUAGACACAACGGAGACCACUUUAUUAACCACUGAAGGCUUGAGUACUAAUCCAGAAACAGAAACAACAGAGUCAACAGGCAUUGUUUCAAGUACUCUUCCGACUAGUGAAGAACCUGAUGUGUCCACGUUUGGAAUUGAAACAACAACUAUCGAGGGGUCUUCCGAUUCCUCUACUAUUGACCCUAACAUGGCUACAACUGAAACAACUAGCGAAGCAACAACCAACGAAGUCAUUGUUACUGAAACCACUACUGAAAUGGUUUACACCACCGAGGAAACAAUUGAAUCCACAACUGAUGGAGGAACAACACUCCUAAUUGAUUACUUCCCCUCGACUGAUAAUCCUCUACCAACAACUUCCGGUGAACCAAUGGAAAGUUCCACCAGCAAUUUGGGGUCAACAACAAAACCUACAGCAAAUGGUGAUACCACUACCCAGGAAUCUGUGGAAACUUCAAAAAGUACUACAGAAAGUAGUCUAACCAGCACGGAAAGCUCUAUAGACAGUAGUGUGAGCACUACUGAACCCUUCCCCGAUUCUACAGUGACAACAGAGACAUACCCAGUGCCCUCACAACUUUCUACAGAUGAGUUUGUUAUUGGACACUGGUUUAGUACAGAAGAAGUGAGAUCGGAAACCACAACCGAAUCGUCUGAAAUUGGUAUAACUGUCUCAUUAGGGAAUGUUGAUUUUGCUACAACCACACCAGUUGAGGAUGGUGUACCGCUGCCAAACGAUUUGAAUAUUAACCAAGAAGCUACACCUGGUACCACAGCCAGUCCCUUGGUCAGUAGUACUUCACCGGAACUUGGACACUCCGAAGACGGAUUUCCAGAACCAUCGUUCCUUCCACCAACAAGUGCGCCUACAACAGAAGCGCAUUAUUUGAUACUGAAACUCAAAAUUCCGGAAAGUGUCAGUACAAAUGACACUCAAUUCACUAGGAAGUUGACGAAAAAUUUGAGAAGACUGGUUCGAGAUGUUUCGACAGAAUUGAAGAAACGAAGGAAACGUUCGGCAAACAUUACUGCAAUAGGAGAAGAUUUAUUGCAACAAGAAAAUGUGGAUGACGCGUUGGGUAUACCGAUCAAAGUUGAGAACAUAACAAAGACACUGAAUAUAACCGUGGUCACCUUUGCAUUACAAUUCGACAGAGAAUUGAACAAUGGAGGAUACGAAUUGGAGAACGCGCUACAUGAAGUUGGUACCCAUGACUUGUAUAGGUAUUUUGAGUAUGAGCCCGUUGAGAAAAUAACGAUAGACAGAAGGAAAAUGAACGAGGAUGAGAAAACGCGUGAAAUUCUGAUUGCCGCAAUCUGCGCACUUGGAUUGUUUUGCCUUGUAGGCUUGUUUUACCUGAAAAAGAGGGGAAUGAUAGAAAAAGUGCUCCGAAAACUAGACCGUCUUAGAUGCAAUGCUCUUUCAACACAUCCGAAUGCUUUCACGCCAAACUGA